AAGCCUCAAACCAGUCCACCCCAUCAGUGUCUACAACAACAGAGAGAAUCCCACCCAUAGAAUCCAUUACUCCACCAAUCACAACCACUGCUCCCCCUGUUGACCCCUGCUACAACUACAAUGUUCUGGAUGAUCUGUGGAGAGCCACCAACAAUCAACAUUCCUCUCAAAUAAUGUGUGACUCCUGGGUCAGCUGGAACGGCUGGUACCGUCUCUUCAUUCAGGGUCAGAGCGUUCAGAUGCCAGACACAUGUGUUGAGGAGUAUAGUUGUGGCACUUAUGCUCCACUGUGGCUGAACGGAGGACAUCCAACAGUUGAGGAUGGAGUGGUCACUCGAAAUGUCUGCGGUCACUGGAACAAUAACUGCUGCUAUUUCCAAUCCAAUCCCAUUAAAGUCAAAGCCUGUCCAGGAGGGUAUUAUGUCUAUGAGUUUGUCAGCCCAAGUACCUGCUAUCUGGCAUACUGUGCAGGAUCAGUAUUUUAUCGAUUCGGCUCAGUAGCUGGAGACACAAUAAAUGCUGCUGUUGAUGAUGGGAGCUCUCCAGUUAUUCAGCUGUUGAGUCCAUUUCUGUUCUUUGGCCGCACAUACCAGCAGAUUUUUGUUAAUAAUAAUGGACGCCUCACAUUCAACCAGUCUUCAUCAGCAUAUGCUCCCUACUCAUUCCCCGCUAGAGGAAGCCAAGAUAUAAUUGCAGGCCUCUGGACUAAUCUUGAUAACCGUCUGAAAGGUGUAGUUUCAUAUCAACAGUACACCAGUGGAAAUGUUCUCACACGCGCCACUCGGGAUAUAAACACACAUUUCCCAAAUCUGAACUUCACCGCUUCUUGGGUCUUUGUUGCAACGUGGAAUAAAGUUCCUUACUUCAGCUUAAACAACACAGAAACAUCGUUUCAAGUGGUUUUAAUUUCAGGCCGUAAUUUUUCAUUUAUUCUGAUGAAUUAUGGUAACAUUGCUGUAACUGGACAUCCAGUGCAGGCUGGUUAUGACACGAUAAACUCCACACACUACUUUGUGAUUCCUGGAUCAAUCAAUGGCAGCUUCAUCUCAAACCUCAGGAACUCCAGUAAUGUUAAUGUUCCCGGUCGAUGGGUCUUCAGGGUGGACGGUGGAACAGGAAACAGCAUCUUGAAAAACAAUGUCGUUGGAUUACGAGUGAGACUUUCCUCAUUUUUAGACCUGACACAGAUCAGCACUGAAAUAGUUUUACAGCAAAUCAAGCAGGUGCAGGUCAAGUACGGUCUGCCAAACAGCAUCGAACUGAAGUUAAGAAAACUGCAAAAGAUAAAGCCAUAAUUUCCUUCUUCUUCAGAAAAAGAAGUAAAACCAGCUCGUUUAGCAUCUGACAAAAAAAAUCCCUGAUGACUGAUGAAGUAAGAGCUUCAGUUUUUCAUUAAGGUGGUUAACAAAGGAUUCAGAUCCGGAUAAAAGUAUCCAAGAGGACCGUUAGAUCCUCCUUUUUUUUUC